UCCCAAAAACAAAAAAGGUUGGGAGUGACAACAAUAAUUUUGGUCACAAAAACCCUAACUGGAUCAACCCAAGGGUUUAUCCUAACCGGACCGAACUCCUUCUUUCCUCACUUGGACUUUUUCUGACUGUCAGAGUCAGAUACAAAUUCUAACUUUAGGAUUAUGGAGGAGCCAUCUUCUCUUAGCUCGGUGGAGAGGAACGUCCACAUAGCCUCUGUUGUGGAAGCCAUGGCGGUGGACACUAUUCUCGCUGCUGCCAAAUCUCUCAUUUGCUUCUUCAUUCUGACUGGAUCUCUGCUGACUGACGUCAAUCAUUCAGUGUCCCCAAAAUUGACCCCAAUGGAUGGAAGAUUUCCUUUUGAUGAUCUCUGCAAGGGAAAACAUACUUACCUUUUAAACAAGGAUGCUAGUGAUUCAGAUGAAGAUGGGGAUGAAGAAGAAGAUGAUGAUGACGCAGAUGAUCAGGAUGAUGAGGAAGGAGAUGAAGACUUCUCAGGUGAAGGUGAGGAAGAGGCUGACCCUGAGGAUGAUCCUGAGGCCAAUGGUGCAGGAGGAAGUGACAGUGACGGUGACGACGAUGAUGAUGGCGGUGAUGACGACGACGAUGACAAUGGGGAUGAUGAUGGAGAGGAUGAGGAAGAGGGUGAAGAUGAAGAUGAAGAAGACGAAGAGGAUGUUCCACAACCACCUGCUAAGAAGAGGAAGUGAAAUUGGUAAUAGUUGGUAGUUUCUUUUCCUACCAUGCCCUAGCCAAUCUUAGUUGGAACAUGAAUAUCUUUCAAAUGGGCCCAUCUCCACAUAUAGAAGUUCAAUUUAUGCAUUGUCGUUGUUAUUUCAGUUCAUUUUCCCAAACAUUAUUUAGUAGUAUGUUGUGUUAGUUAAACCAUCGUUUUUAUUAUUAAACCCUAGUUGUAGAAAAAGAAAAACUAACUGAAUUAA